AUGUCUGGGGGACCCCGGGGUGGUGAGAGGGGGUCGGAGAGACCUCCACCAUUCAUGUCUGGUGCUCUGGUAGUGGCCGGGGAUUCUUGGAACGAGACCGACUACAAAGGACCGUACCCUCUGACGUCACAGCAGACCAGCAUGAUCCUGCCAAUGGUGCUGCAGUACUUGACACCAGAUUUUGUGUCGUUCUUCGGCCUGGGUGCCGUCUCGGCGGCCGUCAUGUCCAGUGCAGACUCCAGUGUGCUCUCUGCCAGCUCUAUGUUCGCCAGAAACGUCUACAAACUCAUCUUCCGACAGAGGGCCUCCGAAAAGGAAAUCAUCUGGGUGAUGAGGAUAUCAAUAUUUGUUGUUGGUAUUCUCUCCACUGUUAUGGCGCUCACUAUUCCUUCCAUCUAUGGGCUUUGGUCAAUGUGUUCAGACCUGGUCUACGUAAUCCUGUUCCCGCAGCUUCUGAUGGUGGUCCACUUCAAACACCACUGCAACACAUACGGCUCGCUGGCCGCCUACAUUAUGGCGUUCCUGGUGCGCCUGUCAGGCGGGGAGCCCCUCAUGGGUCUGCCUGCUCUCAUCCACUACCCUGGCUGGGACGAGGAGGAGCAACGUCAGCUGUUUCCCUUCCGCACAAUGGCUAUGCUCAUCUCUCUCAUCACGCUGGUCGGAGUGUCUUGGGUCACCAAAUGGGCAUUCGAGACAGGGCGACUGGCACCAGGCUAUGACUGGUUCAAGUGUGUGGUGAACAUCCCUGAAGACGUGGUGAGGGUGGGUGAACCGGCAGAGGGGGAACAAAUGUCCAUGACUGCAGGAGCCAUGGGUCGCAUGUAUGGAGCAGCCACCAUGGUCGGAAAGGAUGAAAUGAACGGUCGCAUAAAUCCCGCACUGGAGACGGAUGACGACGAUCCCGCAUUGGAUCUGGCGGAUCUGCGGCAACGCAACGUGGCCAGCGGUGCGGCUGCGGCGGCGGGACGAAACGCAAGCGGUGGUGGCGGAGGCGGAGGUACGGGACACAUGAACCCUGGACCCGCUGCUACGGGCAUUCAGGGGCAGACUUCGCUCUAAGCGGGGCACGGGUAGAGACGGUGGACCAGUGGCGGGAUUAGAGGGAAAGUUAACAUCUGUGAAGUACCUAGUCUCAUAAUACUGUUAUUGAACUUAGAG